CGAGGAGAGGCGGAAUAGGGGUUGGGCUCAGGGUUUUGGAGAAGAGGAGUGCACGUCCGCCAGCCCCCGGGCUUAGGCUGAGAGCUACAGAAGGGACGUGGUUCCAUAGGUUCAGGACCUGCACAGGACCUCCACAGCCCCCGCCUGCACCUCCGCUGACCUGGCCGCUGUGGAAGGCAGAUGUGGCAGGAGGCCUCCUGCAGCGCCAUCGCCUCAGCCCUCGGACCUGCGUGCCCUCCGUCGUCCACCCUCAGCAUCCCUAGCCCCAGCAAGAAGGCAGUUGCGGCCAGGCACGGAGGACGCCAUCUUGCGAAAGUUCCCCCAGGGGUCCCGACCGUAAGGAGCCAGGGGCCCUACAUUGGUCACAGCCCAGAUGCCAGUAGGGCAGCAGGAAUUGGGAGUCUGGCUUGGAGGGAGACCAACAUCAAUGACCACCUCUACCCCCACCCCCCUAGCUGGCCUCUAAAGAGUCCAGCCUGCGCUCUGGGUCAAGGUCAAGCACAGUGCCCUUGCAGGACAAUAUGCCCUAACCAUGAUCUCCCUUUCUUGAAGUCAGCCCCUACUUGGCCUUUAGAAAUCUACCCUCUCCCUCAGGAGCAGGUGGGAAGUGAUGGGUCAGGGGGCCGGUUUCUGUUUCCUCUGUCCAUAGAUAGGGCCCUUGAGUGGAAACCCCUUUGGCUGGACCAAAGGCCUGGAGGCACUAGAGCUGCUCACCUGGGGCCCUGACCAUGAUAGUGGGGACAGAAGAUAACCUAUGCUGCCUCAGCCCUCACAGAGCCCUGUUCCCAGGGGCCCUUCCCCCAGAAUCCACACCAAAGCCAGGGCCUUCCUAGAGCCUUCCCAGUGCUCAAGCCUCCUAGGAGGAGGAGUCCUAAUGUAGUUGUUAUUCUGAGUCCUGCAGCCCCUCUCCUUGUGACAUACGAACCCACUUUGUAUGCCCUGAGCCCACAUAGCUGGGCCCCUAGUUCACAGGCUAAAUCCUGGACCCCUGGCCAGGCUGAAGCAUAUACCCAUCUUAUUUAAUCACAACAACCCUAUGAACUAGGUACUAUUAUUAUUCCCAUUUUUUACAGAGGAGAAAACAGGCUCAGAGAAGGUAAGCAACUUGCCCCGAAUCAUACAGCUUACUAAAUAUUGGAGGUAGUUUUCAAACCCUGGUCUAUCUGGCUUUUGGAACCCAUGUUCUCCAAUUUAUUAGUCUGCAGAGUAGCACCAAGUGCCUUUUACCACCGCUGAUCAGUUUCUGGGUACUGCCUUCCUGGCUGCAAGACUGAACACGCAGCCAGACCUCUUUUUCACAGCCCUGUCCCUACAUCACAUCCUUCCUCUUGGCAGUGAACUUGCCAAUGAUGUAAUACUGAAUGGUAUUAUAUCAGAUUCCCUGACAAAGGAAUCUCCUUUGCAAUGCCUGGAACCAUAGCAUCCAUCUCAAAUGUCUCCAACCUUAUGCUCUAUUGCUCCUGAGGGUUUGGCUCACAUUCCUCACUGGGCUUUUUGCUUAUGCCAUUUACCCUUCUUGAAGUGCCCUUCCCAAAGCCUCCAAGAGCCACCCGCUGAAGUCACAGAAGACUUUUACUUUCCUCAAUCCAGUGAUCUCACUGGAAAGCUCCUCUGGCCCAAUACUCACCCAGGAAGCUUCAAGGAGGGCUUGAGUUCUAGUCCUAUAGGGUCAGGAAGGGGGGAAAGGACACGAAUGCAGCUGCUUCUUUCCAGUCCCGAGCCACCAGUUUUUUCUCCAAAUCUUGCUUGGGACAAGGGGGCAAAAGACUGUUGAGAGAGAAGUGGGGUUGAAGAAAGAGAUAGGUGCACUUGAGAGACUGGCAGAGAGAAAGGAGAGAGGUUUAUAGGAGCCGUGCAAAUAACCUAUCUUCCUACAACAUCAGUUUCUCUGGACCAAUUUGGGGAGGAAAGAAAAUCUGUAACUUAAAACAUUUUAAUAUUUUUUAAAGUUUUAAAGGAACAUUACGAGUCAAAGGCAAAAUUCUCUAGAAUUUUUAAGCUAGAACAUGACAUUGGUAAGAAAUUCCGUGCUUGGGGCGGGGCCGGGGGUAGGGGGUUAGGAAUCCUGGCUCCUCCCCCAGUUCAGUUUAGGGGACGAGAGAAAGCCUGGCACCGAGUGAAGGCCGCUACUGUGAUCUCCGUGGGCGGUGGGUGUGUGGCGGGGGAGGCAUGGCCCAUCCAGAGGCUCUGGGAAAGGGCAGUCCUGCGUCCCCGCCGUACCCUUGGCGACAGCGGCUGGGUGGGAGGGGGAGAGUGUGAGCCGCGGUCACUGGCGCCGCCCCCUCCCUCCGGCUCCACCCUAGCUCUGGCUCCACGUGGUUUUCACCACCCGCAGCGCAGACCGGGGUGGGGGAGGGGCCUCGCCACGCACCUCCGGGCUGGAGAGGGUGUGGCCGGGAGAACCGCGAGCCCCACGGGGGUCGGUCCGUGACUUCUUCUCGGAAAAGAGCGAGGAACGCGCUCUGUGGGCAACGGACUCCACAGGCUUCCGACGACAAACCUGGGACGGAGAGUCCGGGAGUCCUGAAAAGACAGGUGAGCGGCGCUAGGGGAAGGACAAGCCAGGGUCCCCAUCCGGACCGCCAUGGCCGUGCACGCCCGUCGUCUGUGCCACAUUGCCUUCCACGUGCCCGCGGGGCAGCCCCUCACCCAGGAUCUGCAGCGUGUCUUCGGAUUCCAGCCCUUGGCGGUGCGGGAAGCAGAAGGCUGGCGGCAGUUGGCCCUGCGCAGCGGCGACGCGGUCUUUUUGGUGAACGAGGGCGCAGGGCCGCGGGAGCCGCUGUACGGCCUGGACCCACGUCAUGCUGUGCCCAGCGCCACGAACCUGUGCUUCGACGUGGCGGACGCGGGCGCCGCCGCCCGGGCGUUGGUUGCGCGGGGCUGCAGCGUGCCGGUGCCCCCGGUUAGCGUGAAGGAUACGCACGGCACAGCCACCUACGCUGUGGUCAGCUCGCCCGCCGGCAACCUCAGCCUGACACUCCUGGAGCGUGCCGGCUUCCGAGGGCCUUUCCUCCCGGGAUUCCAGCCUGUGGCCUCUGCAGCCAGCCCGGGCUGGGUCAGCCACGUGGACCACCUGACCCUGGCCUGCACCCCUGGCAGCUCCCCCACACUGAUGCGCUGGUUCCACGACUGUCUAGACUUUCGCCACCUGCCACUGAGUCCAGGUGAGGAUCCGGAGAUAGGCCUCGAGGUGACAGCAGGAUCUGGGCGAGGGGGACUGAAGCUCACCGCCCUGCAGACCCCCCCAGGCAGUGCCGUCCCCACCCUCGUGCUGGCUGAGACCCUGCCAGGGGCUUCUCGUGGACAGGACCAGGUGGAGCAGUUCCUGGCCCGGCACAGGGGACCAGGACUGCAGCACGUGGGGCUCUACACGCCGAACAUCGUAGAAGCCAGUGAGGGGGUAGCAGUGGCUGGGGGCCGGCUCCUGGCUCCUCCUGAGGCAUACUACCAGCAGCCGGGCAAGGAGAGGCAGAUCCUAGCUGCUGGGCAUCAGCCUAGCCUGCUGGCCCGACAGGGGAUCCUGCUGGACGGUGAUGAAGGCAAGUUUCUGCUUCAGGUCUUCACCAAGUCUCUCUUUCCAGAGGACACCUUCUUCCUGGAGCUGAUUCAGAGGCAGGGGGCCACAGGCUUUGGCUGGGGCAACAUCCGGGCCCUAUGGCAGUCGGUGCAGGAGCAAGCCGCCAGGGACCGGGAAGCCUGAGGAAGGCUGGGGCUGGGGAGCACCGGGCCAGCUGGAACUGAGAAACACCUGCAGAGGCUUGGGGUGCUUUUGUCCCCAGGGGCACCAUCUCUUCGGUGCCUACCAGAACUUGAAGCUCUCACUGGGACCCAAAGAGGUGGGAUUUUGUUUUGAACUAUGAACUGUUCUUAUGUCUUCUAUAACUAAUAUAUAUGCAAGAUACAAAGAAAAAGGAAUUACAUAAUUAGGAAAUAGAACUUCCCAAUACUUUUGAACCAUCUUUGUGACCUUCUCUGAUCCCAUUUCUCUCCACCCUAUCCAAUUUUAUUGUUAACCCCUUGAUUUGCUGUAUUGUUUCACUACGUAUGAAACAAUAGAGAAAUAAAUUUAGUAUUUGAGGUAGGAAUUCUAAGAACAAAUCCUCCCAUUUCCCCUCUCCCUAGGGAACAGCCACUGCAGGUGGGGAGGGGUUGGGUCAGGGCUGAGCCCAGCCACCUGCUCUAGGACAAUACCACUGCUCUAUAGUCAGAGCCAACCAGAGAUCUGGACCAAGGGUGUUGGGUGUCAGCCACAGGCAGGGGCCCUCUGCAGCUGCUUUCUCCCUCUCUCCUCGGGGUUGUGGGAGGACAGAUCACUCUGGAGAGAACACCCACCGCCAUUUGCCCGGGGCUGGAUGGGAGCUCAGGCAGUGGAAGUCAGCACCAAACAGGA